GUUCAACCAACAAUGAUAACUUUCACAAUCGUGUUGAUAAUGUUUGUGGUCUAAGCGAGGUUGGAUUACUUAACACAGGAUUGACAGGCGUUGGUUUGCGUGCAAAAUGGAUUUCAGAGGAUGGGUAUUAUUGGGGAAAACUUGAGAAAGAUGUGGAGUUAGAGUUACCCUGUUGGAUUAAAAGAUAUUUUAUGGAAACAACCUUCCUCAUUACGACAGCAAAUCCGUAUACUCGAAGAGAGGAGAUUGAUGGGAAGCCAGACGAAGAGCUAGCCCCAGACAUGUUGAAAAUGUUUCUAGCAUUGGAUACAUCACGCGAUAUAACAAAAGGGGUUACGGAUGGUUUGAAUUAUCAACCAAUGUCUGAUGUAGAAAUUUCAUUAAAUCUCAUUGAAAUAAUAACCGCAGGAAUUGAUACG